UGUGCUUUGAUGGCAGAAAUUAAUCAAACUUAAAUCAAUCGUAAAUUCAAAGGUAUCCUUGGAUUAAACAACACAUUAAUCAUUAAAACUAUCAACUUCCCCCCACCAAAUCAACAACCCCAACUGAACGGAGAAACAAUUCAACUGCCGAUUGUAUUUGUAAAGCUUUCUUCGUCUCUCUCUGGUUGGAGAGGGAGCUGUGGAGGGAAGAUGAAGCCAUCUAUGCUGCAGCAGAGCUACAGCAACCGCCGGACCAACAGCUCCAGAUCGUUGGGGCCGUUGGAUUCGUCCUCUGACGGCGCCGUCAAAUCUCCAGCCGCAAUUUUCUGGUUGUUUUCGCAUGGACUCUGCUGCUUGAUCAGCUUGGUCCUCGGGUUCCGGUUUUCUCGGUUGGUGUUUUUCUUUCUGUUUUCCACAUCCACCAGAAGUGGUAUGUAUGCGCCGCCGUUUCGGUCAUCCGUCGAGCUCAUCAGAACCGGAGAUGUUCACUCCGUGCUUGCUUCCGAUCCGGGGAAGAACUUCGAGUUGUCUGCGGUAAAUAGAACGUUGACGAACUCGAGAGUGGUGGUUGGGCGGCACGGGAUCCGGAUCAGGCCGUGGCCGCACCCGAACCCGGGGGAGGUCAUGAAAGCUCACCAGAUCAUCGAGAGGGUGCAGAGAGAGCAGAGGCUUCAAUUCGGAGUGAAGGACCCCAGGACUGUUAUUGUGGUGACGCCGACUUAUGUCCGGACUUUCCAGGCGCUGCAUUUGACUGGUGUAAUGCACUCAUUAAUGGUGGUGCCGUACGAUGUGGUGUGGAUCGUGGUAGAGGCUGGAGGUGCCAGCAAUGAGACGGCGGCGCUGAUUAGGAAGUCUGGUUUGAAGACCAUCCAUGUGGGAUUCAAUCCGCGGAUGCCGAAUUCGUGGGAGGAACGGCAUAAGCUGGAGUCCAAAAUGCGGCUUCAUGCCUUAAGAAUUGUGAGGGAAAAGAAGCUGGAUGGGAUUGUAAUGUUUGCAGAUGACAGCAAUAUGCAUAGUAUGGAGCUUUUUGAUGAGAUACAAAAUGUGAAAUGGUUUGGUGCUGUUUCAGUUGGAAUACUUGUACAGUCGGAUGGUGCGGAUGAGACUGAUCAGAAACAGGAAGAAGAGGGGAAUCGGAGAAUGCCGGUUCAAGGUCCAGCUUGUAAUUCAUCCAACAUGUUGGCGGGCUGGCAUACUUUUAAUCCACUGCCUUAUUUAGGUAGGACUGCUGUUUCUAUUGAUGACAAAGGAACUGUUCUGCCUAGAAGGCUCGAAUGGUCUGGUUUUGUCUUGAAUUCCAGGUUACUCUGGAAGGAUGCUGAAGAUAAACCAGGUUGGGUUAAUGACUUAGAUUCGUUAGAUGGAGAUGUUGAGACUCCACUGUCUCUGCUAAAAGAUCCUUCUGUGGUGGAACCACUUGGAAGUUGUGGACGACAAGUUCUGCUUUGGUGGCUCCGUGUUGAAGCUCGAGCUGAUAGCAAAUUCCCUCCUGGAUGGAUCAUUGACCCUCCUUUAGAAAUCACUGUCCCAUCGAAACGUACUCCAUGGCCAGAUACUCCACCUGAACUCCCAUCAGAUGAAAAUGUGGUGAUUAACCUCCCAGAACAGACAGUGAAGCAGAUUACAAAGACUCGGCCCAGAAAACGCAAUCCUCCAAAGAGAAAGCCCGAAACAAGAACAACAGAAACGCAGGUCACCUUUAGGCAUACAGAACAGAACUAAAUUAUCAGCUGCAGAUAUAUGCUGUAUUGAUUUGGGGCUGCCGGCCUCCAGCACCAAGAAAUUUGAUGAACCAGGAGGAAAUUCAGAUCUUAUCAUGAGGUGUUGGGUAAAUAUGGAUAGACAAUUCUUACAGACGACCGACCUGUCGAUGGUAUAUGUCAGUUUGAGUUACACCCAAGUCUCAAAACUCUUUUUAUUUCGUAUUUUUAAAAUUCUUUGCAUGGUUUUAUUGGGGUGAUUAUAUUCUAUUGUCAUUGGAAUGCCAGUUAAAGAUAUGCAUCUCUUGGAUUACAGGAAUCAUGUAUCAGACAUGCUUCAAAUUUAUAC